AUGUCGUUUAUGUCGCUCGGCAGGCCGGCGUGCAAGAUGAUGCCCAUUUCCAAGAGGCCUGUCCGGCAAAGGAUUUUGGCCUUCUGCCGGCUGGCGCUGUCCCGCGCCUUGUUGCUAAUCCACUUCGUGAAGAGUGACCCCUUCACCCUUCUGGAUCCAAUGGGAGGGUUAAUGACACUCGCAGGUUCUGACGGCGAGAUUUUGGCGCUUCUAAACUCCAACGAUGCGUUUUCGCUCGACACAGCGGCCAGAGUACGGCCGCUGAUCAGUCUUUCUACCCGGCCCUGUGCCAAUCAUGCCGGCGGCUGCGGGGAGAGGUGA